GCUGCUCACUCCGGCUUGCAUACUACAGUGCAUCGAACGUGGACUAUAUUUUACUGUUUUUAGAUCAACAGUUUCCUAAAAUGCGUUCAAGCUGGUGGACGGUGGUGGUGUUAGCCACUCUUGCGUUGCGAUCGCGAGCCGAUGGGGGGUUUAGGCUGCCUGAUCAGCCACCCAAGGAGGAAAGGGAGGAGGGGAGGUCACUUCACUUUAAUGGAGGGCAAGGCAGAUCGCCUGAAGCUCAAGGCCGAGGGUUCCUGGACUGGCUAGGUUUCGGCGAAGACCAGGACCCGUACAUCCAGCAGGCGACGCAACAGUGCGUCAACGGGGACCUUGGGGACUGCUUCAAGGCACAGGCACUACGCUCCUUUGAUGACUUCUUUGACAAGCCUGCUUACCAGCUAUCAGAAAACGCUGUUCUGGUGAAGGUGGAGUCCCAAGCCAGAGCCCUGGCGAGGGAACCCCCACAACUCAGCUCCCAGCCCCGCAGUGAGGACUCAGACUGGGACGCUUUGGUCAAGUUUGGCAUGAGGAAGAUUGAAAGGUUCUUAAGGUCUACAGCCCUGGAAAUGAACCUGGAUGAUGACGUCACGUCCAAUGGUGUAAUCGCACCGAGGUUCCUCGACGAGAUCGCAGAUGAAGUGGACGUUAUUGAGGAUAAGAAGGCACCGCCUUUUCGUCGUCAUAAGCUGAAGAAGCUCAUCAUCCCCAUGCUGCUGAUCCUCAAGCUGUUCAAGCUGAAGCUGCUACUAUUCCUGCCGCUCAUCCUGGGUCUCGCCAGCUUCAAGAAGUUCCUUGGGUUCAUGGCCCUAAUCAUUCCAGGCGUGAUCGGCUACUUCAAGUUCUGCAAGCCCAACAGCUCUCCUUUCUCCAGCGGCCACUACACCGGACCUCAAUAUUCCCCCGCUGGCAUAGGCCUGGGACAGGGACCAUACAGGGAAGGCAGCUACGACCACUAUGAGUACCCGACGGGCCACAAAUACGGCGGAGGUGGAUACGGAUCCGGCGGAGUCGCGUUCAGAGACCAUGAGUCGCAAGCGCAGAGCCUCGCCUACAACGGAUGGGAGUACAGGAACAAAAAGGGGGGAGAGGACAUUAAGGCUGAGCAGGCAUAAGACUGAUAACUUACACACAAGAGAUUGAGAACCGCCUACGGUAAACGUACUAGAGCUCGACAUGCUAAUGCCCAAUGAUCUUGCUGUCACCUCUAUUGACAAUGACUUAAGUUUCAAGAUGACAUGUACUGGGACCUCGUCGAGCAUCAGUACGUUUACCAUAACUAAGGUCCGUUUCAGACUUUCCAGUAAGGAGCGGUGUGGCGGCAGUUAUAGUCAGAGUUAUUAGAUCUAUCUUUUCUGCCACCUUGCUGUUAAGAGCGACAGGAAAACAAUACUUAUACUUUCUCAAGCCCUCUUAGCAGAAUGUGGACAAGGAUAUAGGAUAUGUUUCAACACAUUCAACCCCUAAUAUGCGCCCGCGCUCCGCUUUAAUUAGAAAGGAAUGCUGUUAGAAUGAAAAGGAUUUUAGCAUGCACAUUUUUCUCAGAAAACCACAGAGUUAUAAAAUGACGUUGCAUUUUUAAAGUUUAAAAUCUAUCAACGUACCUAAACAUUUUUUCCUUUGUGCCAUCGCAUAAAAUAAAAUUAACAUCCAGAAUUUUGAAUUGUCGCAAUGUCAUUAUUCCUUUACAAAGACCAAAAUGUUAAUGAAAAAGUAUAACAUCACAAGUGAAGAUUAAAGAAAACAGGUAGGUACCUACAAUUUAGUUAAUUUUUCUAUUUAUAUAGAAAAUACCUACAUAAAUUUUCAUUUGUGUGUUUAGGUACAUUCGUGGUACAAUAUGAAACAAUUGAGUUAAUUUAUUACAUUUGGUGGAACAAGAGAAGAGAUUGCUUGAUUGUGAUUGACAAUUGAGGGUAUAAGAUUUUGAGAAGAAAAUCACCAAUUUAGCUCCCUUGUAUCAUAAUGUAAACAUCCUAUAAACACGCUGAUAAAUAUCAGCUGAAAUGUUAAGUGCUAUGUACUAUAUUAAGUUAUGACCGUUUUAUACUCUUUAUCAUAGUUUUAAUUAUAAAAUAUUUAUUGUUUUGUAAAUAAAGUUUAAAAACAAA